AUGCACCUUCUAUUCCCGCUGCUGCGAUAUGACGCCUUCAAGAAGGGCCUGCCAGUGGCGGAGUGCUUCCAGCUGCAGGAAAAACUACGCACUACCCUCACGGACAGCCAGCAAAAGGCAGCAGAGCAGCGCGCUGCGACCGACGAGCUGCAUGCAGACAAGCUUGUGGACCGCGUAGCGCAGCUGGCUGUGGACAACAGCCUCGACGUGCUGGAUGUGGCGCUGGCACCUACGGGCGGACAUGAGCGCGGCGCAAUCAGCGUGGGGGAGCUGAAGCGAUUGGAGCGAAUGGUCUGCUUCAGCGAUGACUCCUUUGACCCCAGGUGUCUGCAGGGCGAGCGCCUCGAGCUGCGCGGUCAGGACGACGAGGUGCUGCGUGUUGUGGACGCCCCGGCCCUGCCCUUCAUCUGGAACCACCCCGAGCUGCGCCAGGUGGAUAGAGCCAACGCCGCCAUCUCGGCCAACGUGACGGGCCUCAUGGCUCAGCGCAGCAAGCAUGCCUCCACAGCUGCACACUUUGCUCUUGCUGCCGAUGAUGAUUACCCAGCGGACCAGCAAGUCCAGCAGCUGCCGCUGGCGCCAAUCACGGCGGCAGUCGACGAGCUCGAGGCGGCAGCUGCAUUGGUGGACCUCGAGCAGGUGGUCGACGUGGUCGGCACGGGCAUGUCGGGGCUGGUCUUCAGCUACAGGCAGCCAAGCGGGAGGCUCCUGGCCCUGAAGGUGUCCCCGCUGGGCUCAGCCAAAGCGGCCGCGCUCUUGCACGAGGCCCGGGCCUUGGUAGCUCUGCGGGCGCACUGGGACACCUUUGUGCCACGCCUGGUUGCAGCAGGGGCGGAGAGCAGCGGCAACGGCUUUGUGACGGCCACCUGCUACAUCCAGGGUCGCUAUGUUGACCCGGCGCGAGAUCAGCACCUUGUGCCGCAGCUCGAGCGCGCCCUGGCGGCCGCGCAUGCCUGCGGGGUGGCCCAUGGGGACCUGCGUCAGAGCAACGUGCUGGUGCAGCAGGAGCCCGGCGGCGGGCAGCGCGCAUGGCUCAUCGACUGGGGCAACGCGGUGCUGUCUGCUUCGCAGCAGGAUAUGGACGAGGAUAGGAUGAUUUUGAGUGGCAUGUUCAGGAGCACAGCUGCACAUUCGUAG